AACCGCCCUAGCCGCGGCUGCCGGCGACGCCCCAGAGCGGAAGAGGGAAGUGAGUCGCGCCGGGCUGCGGGUUCGGACCGGGCUGGGCUUGUGAGGUAGAGCCAGCGCCGAGAGGAGGCCUUCGCUGCCAGUCGGGAUCCGGGAUGGCGAAGAACACGGUGUCGUCGGCCCGCUUCCGGAAGGUGGACGUGGAUGAGUACGAUGAGAACAAGUUCGUGGACGAGGAAGACGGGGGCGACGGCCAGGCCGGGCCCGACGAGGGCGAGGUGGACUCCUGCCUGAGGCAAGGAAAUAUGACAGCUGCUCUCCAGGCAGCUCUGAAAAACCCCCCUAUCAACACCAAGAGUCAGGCAGUGAAGGAUCGGGCAGGCAGCAUUGUCUUGAAGGUGCUUAUCUCUUUUAAAGCUAAUGAUAUUGAAAAGGCUGUUCAAUCUCUGGACAAGAGUGGUGUGGAUCUCCUAAUGAAGUAUAUUUAUAAAGGCUUUGAGAGCCCCUCUGACAAUAGCAGUGCUAUGUUACUACAAUGGCAUGAAAAGGCACUUGCUGCUGGAGGAGUAGGAUCCAUUGUUCGUGUCUUGACUGCAAGGAAAACCGUGUAGUCCAGCAGGAACUGGCUAUCCACCAUGCGAGUUGAUGGUACAAAGACCAAAACAACCAAAUGCCACCGCUGCCCUGUGGGUAGCACCUGUUUCUCUCAGCUUUGCCUUGCUUCCUUUUCGUAUCUGUAAAGAAGAAUAUUAUGUAUCAGUUUUUUCUUUAAUGAAAAUCAGGAUAAUGUAGAGGAAAUUUUGUUUCAACAAGAGUAUUUCACUUUGACAUAAUCAUUUCAAUGAUGUGUAUACCAGUCUAUAUAUAGUAUAAUUUACAUUCAACUUUAAUUGUGCAAUUUUUAACUCCUAUUGGCUGGAUUUUAUGUUGUUUUAUAUUAUUUUUAAUUAAUACUGAGAUUUGAUCAGAAUUUGAGGCCAGUUUCCUAACUCAUUGCUAGUGAGGAAAUGAUCUCUAUUUUUUAAAAAAAAGUAUAUAUGUGAGACUGGCAGCUAUUAACAUUGCACAACUGGACCAUACUUCCCUUAUUUAAGCAAAAUGUGUUUUCAGAACAAGUAGUGGGUAAACACCACUACUAGUUUCCAGUUUUAUGUCUGUUUGCCUCCAGAUUAUCUAUGCUGGGUUUAAGUAUGCUACUACUUUUUAGCAUCCAAUUAUCAUGGCCUCUCAAGUUCUUUGUGGUCACCCAGGGUCCAGAGCAAGGAGUCUUGCUCUAUACAGAUGUAUCUAUAAAAUACUAGAGCCUGUUUGGCAGGAACAUCAAAUUUUUCUUCCCAUAAUAUGGCUCUGUUUGGGGAAACUACUCCAAAUUAGAAAGGAUGCAGAAACGAUGCUGUAAUUCUAAUUCUGGGCAGCCCUUGAAUGAAAUACUAUUUUCUUUAGAAAUAUAGUAGCUGCCUUAUAUAUUAUAUGGUAUAUAACAAGUACUUAAUAUACCAUUUGAUAUACCCUGUAAAUGUCUUCAGUAUUCUUCAGGGUAAUUGGGUCUCAAAGAAUUUGGUUCCGAUCCAAACAAAUAUAGUCUGUGUUUCAGCUCAGUGUUUUUUAAGAAAGAAAAUGCCACGCAGCAAAAAAUUGUUUACUUUGUUGGACAAACCAAAUUGGUUUUCAAAAAAUGACCGGUGCUUGUAAAAAUUUGUUAGUAUUCAGUGGUUCCAAAAUAAACUACCUGAAUGCAUAUGACCAAGAGAGAAAUCAGCCUGUGUCUAGUAUUUACAUUGGAUACCAGUUUCAUAAUCACUGACUUAUGUGAAAACUGGUGCAGAAAUUCUAUAAACUCUUUGCUGUUUUUGAUACCUGC